AUUGCAUACGAACUACAGAAUGGAGUCAGUAGUAGUAUUUGUGGCAGUUUGGUGGAUUGCUAACAUGGUUUCCACCAUAGCAUCGAAGAAAGCAGUGAGUGACAUCAAACCUGACGUCUUUGACAGUCUGACUUCUUGCACACCAGCCUUAAAGGAUCUCAGGUGGAUUGAAUUGACAAUGCUACAACACCUCUUGGGGGCGCUGUUAGCCAACAUAUGGGUCGUUGUAAUCCGUGGCAAGUCAGUCUUUCCCAAAAAUACUCUCAAUCCCAAACAUAUGCUUCUAACAGUUAUUGGCAACGCAGUGGGAAAUCUGGCCACUAACGCAUCUUUUGCUGCAGUCAGUUCGAGUCUGACUCAAGUGAUCAAAUCUUGUGAACCAGUCCUCACCUUUGUGUUCACCCUGCUGCUUUACAAGAAAGGUGGCAACUUGACCCGCAGUGUGCUGUUCUCGAUCAUCGCCAUGGUGGUGGGUACGUGUCUGUUUAUCUCAGGCGAGGUCUCCUUCAAUAUCUAUGGACUUGGUGCUGCAGUUAUUUCAAGCAUCGCUUUCCCGAUACGCAACAUCUACCUGAAGAAGUUGGAUGAGUCUUUGGAUGAUCCUCUUCAAAAAUUUGCAGUAAUUUCUAAUUUGAGCGUCUUGAUUCUGCUUCCAUUUGCAAUUAUGAGCAUGAGCAGCUUAGAUAAACUACCUCCUGUGGAGAGUUACACUGCUGCCAUCUUCCACUUCAUCUACAACGCCGCCUCCAUAACGGUGCUCCAAGCAUACAGUCCCGUGGUACAUGCUAUGUUGAACCUCUCGAAGAGAAUGUUUGUUAUUGUGGCAAAUAUGUUUGUCUUCUCCACACCGUUAACAUCAUGGACAGUCACUGGUCUCUUGGCAAUUUUCAUUGGACAUUACAUUUACCAAGGAGGCCGCAUCCCUUUGAAGGUAAUUCAAAUGCCGUCAACCAAGCAAUGGUUCUCUCUUGCUGUCAUCAUCUCAUGUGUAUCCUCGUUUUGUUGGUUCAUUGGAUUCAUACACCCAAUCAGACCCAUAAACCCAAAUCACAUACGAUUGGACAAACCCUCACCACAGGCCACCACUGCUUGGGUAUAUGAAAGGCCUAUUCCUCACAAUGUUGUAGAAAAUUUUGAAGCAUUUUUGGAUAGGAAUCCCUUCAUGACCAUGAAGGUAUUCUGUGGUACCUCGCAGUGUAUGGAAGCAGUACAAGAUUUAGACAACGCGCGCAUUACAGCGAAGUUUCUUGUGCUACCAGAAAUCUUUAAGAACACCCCUCUGAAGCUUUGGUUAGCCCGACAUCCAAUCCACAAGAUUCUGACAGGUGUUGACUUUGAAGACCACGUGUACGAGGCGGUGAGGUUAGCACUGCUAUGGCAUCAUGGUGGCAUUCAUUUUCAUCCCUCGAUCAAGCUCAGCGAGUUUACUAUCCCAGGGCACCAAGAGGCUUGGGUUAGUAUUGGGACAAACCUCACACAAACUACAACACACGGAAUUCUAAGUUUAUCUCAGUUUCCAGCGCACAACGCUUUCAUUGCCAAUCUUACCGAAAUGUUUUGCCGUGAAUACUUUCAGAAUGUUACUAACGCAGAUCCUCGCUCAUUGCAACAGUUAAAUUUUGAGACAUCGGUAAAUGAUGUGUAUAACCAGUUCUGCACAUCUGAAGACCACCCUUGUCCAAAAGGUAUGGUAACUGAUCUCGAGAGGCUUUCUUUACUUGACGUCAAAAGACGUCAUUUCGGAACAAUUUCAUACUCACGUCGAGCCGCUCGCGUUGCACCAAAUUUGGGGGAUGAGGUUCAAGGCUUCCCUGGGAUACAAUUCUUACCUUUCGUUGACCGUUUUGUUGAUAGAGAGAACUUUGGUGGAUCAAAAGAGCAAAAUCGAAUCCGCUUGUUCCUCAACGCGUGGUAUGGAGAUACAGCAAUGAGAUGGCCGCCACCGCGAAACAUCGACCCCAUCCUGCUGUCUAUGCAUAUCCACAAAAGUGUCAAAUUUAAAUUCAAGUCACAUGCAAAAUACCUUCGAGCUAAAGAACCAAUAGGAUGUAGGGAUACUGGGACAUUGGAAUUUCUGGAGCGAAUCGAGGUUGACGCCUUCCUUUCUGGCUGUCUAACACUUCUAAUUAAAACUCCAAACAUUCAGAAAAUACAUUCAGGAAACAUAUUCCUAGUCGACGUAGGAAGAACAUUCGCUGCCCACCUUCCUGCGGACAUUCAGAAGAGAGCGAUUCAUGUCACGCAUGUAGGUACAGGUGGCGUCAAUUCUACCAUCAUGGGACGUUUUAAAGCAGCAUAUGGUUUGAUACAAAAAUACUCCGAGGCAGAUGUUGUUAUCACGCAACGCAUCCACUGCGCACUGCCCUGUGUGGCCAUGGGAACACCGGUUAUUUUCAUCAAUUCCAAGAACAUGCCCGGAGACGCCGAAGGUGUAAAAUUCUCCCGCCGUGUGAUGGGACUUACGCCUCUCUUCCACACCAUGGAUAUCCAUAAAAUGUCUACAGAAUCGAUUGUGCAAUGGCUGCGAGAUUUUAACUGGACACACCCACCGCCAAACCCUAACGUGAGCUUGCGCAUGCGCGUGCGGGCCACGAACUGGAAUGUGAUUCGACAGGACCAAGUUUUGUACGAUAGCGCUCAUAAAUUUGGCCUGUUACCCCUGUCAACCCCCGCCACAAACACGCCGCAUCAGUUACUGUUCCAUUUUAUCCCAAACAUUACUGACAAUCGCACCAGCCUCGACCGGCCAAAAUGGCGGUCCAUUGAAUCGAUAUUUUAUCAUUAUCCCCAUGCCAGGAUUAUCAUUCAUAGUGAUAGCUUACAGACAGGUCAGUUUGAUGUAUUAACAGAGAGUGGUUACACUAUUGAAGUACACAGCCUCAGUGCAACUGUCGGUAAUGACUUCAUACAAAGCAAACUUUCUAUAUAUAAUCUCGGAAGAUUUGAUGGAGUCUUUGCAAAACUCGCCGUAUUAUUACACUGGGGUGGAGUGUACAUUGACGCAGAUGUUAUCCUCUUACGACAAUUGGAUAACUUGAUGACAAAUAAUCUCGUUUGGAGAGGUGAGGAGCAGAACUCAUUCGAUCUUUCUUUUAUGAAGUUUGAGAAAGGUCAUCCGUUCUUAGAGACUGCUCUACUAAAAGGAACUAAACGACAUGUCUCCCAGCUUAUUUCUACGUACCAAACAUCGUUAUUUAAUACCUGGUCUAACCACUUUAAAAGUAGUGUAAAAGUAUUGUCCAAAAAAGGUGUCUUCAUGCAGUUUAACGCCCAAAACGCCAAGGAGUGCUUGGAGAGCACAUCCGGACCGGCUUUUGAGUCCAGUAUGAAACUAGUGAAACAGGAUAUGGUUUUCGCAAAAGUUACGAGGUUAACAAACCUAAGCAAACUCAAAAGGGGGACUAUUUGCAAACAUUUGUACAACUCAUUUUGUGUCCUGUGUAAUAAUAUCUACUAACGCAAGCCGUGGGUUGCAGUCUCGUGAAGUCGCGUUCACUUUUAUGUCCGGGAAAACAAACAUUGACUAUACAGUGUACAUGUAUAGCCCUAGACUUCAUUUUUGUUUUACCCGAUUGGCAACAUUCAUGAUUCAUUGCCACAAAGUACUUAAGGUAUUCCCUGCUGCUACCUCAAUUUGUAAAUAACAAUGAGCUUGUAAAACUGCAAGCCCAGAGAUUCGACAUAAUUAUAUAAAGAAUUCCUAUCAUCGUAUCCAACCUUCCCUUCCAAGCUCGGUCAAUAAUUCAAUAAUUUAUUUUGAUGAAGCUAGACAUUUUGUCAUGUUAAUACAAAAGAAAUUGUGGAAAUCCACAUUUGUGUUGAAAUUACUUCUCUGCUCGUGUGUUAGUGAUAAUUAACUUUAUCAACAGUCGUAAAUUAAUACCUUUUUACUAAGAUUUAUCAGGAAUUUCACAAAAAAUGUUCUUUUAAAUGUAUAUACAUGUAAUUAGUGUAUUUCAAUUUUCAUUUGAUGUUGGAAGGCUGUAUAGUUUUGAAGUUGGUAUAUUGAUGCUUUUUUAGGUGCAGUACCCGGAAAAGUACAUUUCUAAAUUAAUUGCUACUUUAAUCAACAUAUGUACCACUUUAAAAUUCGCUUUUACAUUAUAUGAACAAUGAAGAUUCUGAUGAGAAAUUGCUAGAACAACAACAAAAUUGUUAUGUUCCAUAUUUGUCAGUAAGGAGUGUCCCACUCAUAAUAUCAGUGGGAACUAUGUAACAUAGUCAUAUAAUAUUAUGAUAUCAGUUAACAGUCUUCACGACGUGUAGCACAUGUGUUUAUAAUAUUAAAAAAAUUGAAAACCUAAUUGAUUGUAAAGUAAGUGUCUGUUCGUUCAAAGGUUCGUGUAUUAAUAAUUGGUUGUAAAGCCGCGGGGUAUAUGCAGUGGCGUAGCCAGGAAUUUU